CCCUCCACCCCUCAGGCCUCAGGUCCAGGAAACACAUCACCAACGAACAUUUCAGCACGUUCGAGCAACAGCACAGCACAGGACAGCAGCAGCAGCUCCCUCCCGAUUCCACACACCCCGCCAAGGUCAGGCAUUCGUGCAUGCUAGCCAGCUGUGGUGUCAUCACAAAAGCUGAAACGGCAAGGCGGUUCAUUACCUUAUCCGAUCGUACACCAAAGUGCAGCGCAAAAGCCACCAGUGCAUCCGUACCACCACGCACGCCGUUUUUUCGUUUUGCUUGACUACGCUUUUUGCGCCAAAUCGGCAGUUUGGCCGGAGGGGUUGUCUUGCUUUUCUUACUCUGACUCAGUAGUGCGGGAAAGUCAGUCAGCAUUGAGCAGAGUCAGAUCAGAUUUUCGGUAGGCUUACUUGCAGCCUUUCCUUACAAAUUCAACCUGCAUUUUCUCUCUUGUUCCAAAUCCCCCCUCCAUUAGCUCCGUCUUAGAUAUCGGAUAUCAUGAAGGGAGGGGACGGAAGAGGGGAGUCUGCUCAUGCAGGGCCAGACAUGAUCUUGGGAUAUGCGCGUAUUUUCUUAUCAACCGCUGCUUUCCCUACUGCUAUACAUGUGUGAAAUGUUGACUAACUCUUGACUUUUUGGUAUCAUAAAAGUCAGUACCGGGAAUUUCAGUCCGUCGCAAACGGCCAACAGGCGCUGCUCACUACACACUACGGAGCACCUGCCCCUCUACAAGGAGCUUUGGAUUGGCAGAAGGGCCCCUGCGGUGCCGAUCCGCCCCCCGCCGAGUCAGUAAACUACCCCGAAAAUGCCGGCCAUGCUAGAUGACCCGGCGAGCCCCACCAUCUACCGGGUGUCCGGGGUAACGCCGUACCCGGACCCGAUGAACCCCUCCUUGCCGGCCGACAUCACCCCGCGUCAAGUGACGCUCCGCGAUCGCCAGACCGUCGCCACCAUCAUCCCCUUUGCCUCGCGGCACGAGGUCCCUCCCUCCCUGGUGCGCUACCUAAGCGACCAGCUCAACAAGGAAAUCGAGGGCGGCGACACCUACCCGAUGAUGGAGACCAUGACGGCCGAACAAUUCGGCGCCUACUGGUUCCAGAACUUUGGCGCCGUCAUGAUGCUGGGCAACAUCGAGCAGCCGCACGCCGAGCUCAACGACGACAUGGACUGGUCCCGCGAGUGCCUCGGCAGCUUCUACAUCAAGCCGAACUACCCGGGCCGCAGCAGCCACGUGUGCAACGCGGGCUUCCUCGUCACCGACGCCUCGCGCAACCGCGGCGUGGGCCGCCUCAUGGGCGAGUGCUACAUCGACUGGGCGCCCAAGCUGGGCUACACCUACUCCGUCUUCAACCUCGUCUACGAGACCAACGUGGCCUCGUGCAAGAUCUGGGACGCCCUCGGCUUCAAGCGCAUCGGCCGCGUAAAGGGGUGCGGCAACCUCGCCUCGUACCCGGGCACCCUCAUCGACGCCAUCAUCUACGGGCGGGACCUGCCCGUACCCGGCAGCAACGGCGCAGAGUCGGAGGACCUCGUGAGUGAAGAGCGUUUCGACAAGAUCAAGUUUUAUUUGAAAUAUGGACGGUAUCCGGCGGGUGCUGACCGCGCCGAGAAAAGCAGGCUCCGGAGCGCGGCGACGCACUAUAAGCUGGUGGGCGAGGGGGAGGCCGGCGGCGGGGGCGAGCGGCUGAUGCUCAAGGACAAGGAGGUCGUGCCGGAUCCGAGGAGGCAGUACGAGAUUGCGCGCGAGGUGCACGCCGCCGGCCACGGCGGGAUCAACAAGACGACGGCGACGAUUGCGGAGAAGUACCACUGGAGCCGCAUCAAGGAGACGGCGAGCGACGUGAUUCGGAACUGUACGGAGUGUAAGGAGCUCGGCAAGACGCCUGCGCCGGGGGGUGGGAACGGGAGUGGUGCCAAGGGGAGGUCGGCGGCGGCUUUGGCAGCUGCUGCUACUGCUGCUUCUACUACUUCUUCUGCUCCGCCUGUAUCGGUUGUGAAUCCCCUCACAAAUACUUCAUUUCAUCACACUCAUUCAACAUCACCGCCGCCGCAGCCGCUAUCACCAGGGCCUACCUCGACAGUUCUUAGCACCGCAGACCAUGUUCUUUCGCUUCAACACCAACAUCCACAUCAUCACCACCACCUCCCGCCCCUAUCACCGCCAAGAUCAUCACCCUACGCCGAAGUCACCUCCUUACCACCCUCUCACACCCUCCGUGACCCUUCGGCCUCGCCCUUACCACGGCACCCGCACCAUAACCCUAUGCUACAAGACGAGUCCUUCCAGCCGAUUGAUCCGCAGAUCAUUGGCGGGCUACAGCCGCCGGGGCCGACGUCACAUCACGAUCUCCAUCAUCACCAUCAUCACGAGAACCCGUAUAACCCUUACCACCCUCACCACACCGAUUUCCAGGCGUUGCUCAACGCGACGGAGGCCGAAGAAGGGGUAGAGGGGUUGGGUGAGAUGGGGGUGUCGGCGGAGGAGGCGGCUGCUGUGGAUCGGGAUCUGGAUAUGUUGAUUGAGCAGGGGGAUGACGAUGAUGUUGGGGUUGGGGUGGGCGUAGAUGGAGACGCGGAUGCGGUUAUGGGGGAGAAGGACGGGAGGGAGAAGGAUGUCUAUUCUAUAGAGUUUAUCAAUGGGUGA